UUCAGGGGACCUAAAGGAGUUUGGACGCUUGAGCAGCAAGGAACAAAGCCAGAUUUUAGUGUUUCUUUCAAUGAUGCAAAACCAACAGUAACUCAUAUGGCUCUAGUUGCAUUGCUAGAAAAAGGAUAUAUACACUUCUUAGUAAGCCAGAAUGUUGAUGGUCUUCAUUUGCGCUCUAAUUUUCCAUCCGACAAGCUUGCUGAACUGCAUGGAAAUAUGUUUCUCGACAAAUGCAACCACUGUGAAAGGAUAUUUGUUCGAAAAGAAGCAACUUCAAGCGUUGGACAAAAAUGUACUGGGCAAGUCUGCCCAUUGCCCAAACCGAAUGGAAGACGUUGUCGUGGGAAACUGCAUGAUACAAUUUUGGACUGGGAACAUGAACUCCCUCUCAGAGAUUUAGAAGAAGCAGAAAUAAACUCUAGGAAGGCAGACUUAAGUAUUUGUUUGGGCUCAACACUUCAGAUAGUUCCCAGUGGUGCUUUGCCUGUUUUAACUAAGAAGGCUGGAGGAAAACUUGUAAUAUGCAAUCUUCAACCAACAAAACAUGACAAAAGGGCUGAUCUUGUAAUAAGGGGAUUCGUCGAUGAUGUCAUGAUAAAGUUGGCCAAAAUAUUGGAUGUUGAAAUUCCUGAAUAUAAAGUUGCAAAUGAUGAAACAAAAACUAUGAGAGAGCAUACAAAAGAAUAUGCACCCUACAGAAACGAACCUACAUCGUUGUUUAAAAAAUCAGCUUCUAUUAAUAAAUUAGAAGAUUGUGAUGAAUUGAAAUGUGAUUCAUCACUCAAAAAAAUCGAAAAUAUUACUGAUCAAAAUGUUACAUAG